UCAUCCACCCUCCACCCACGUCAUUUCCAGCUUACACUACGUUUCAUAUUCUUCGAAACGAAACAUUUUUAAAGGUGUACCUUGUGUAUUCACAAGAGCUCCCCGAAUUGCAUCUUUCUUAGCGAGUAACGGAGUUCCUCCGAUAACCGGCCGCGUUUCUUGGAUGAAGAAGAAAGAGCAAGGAAUUCAAACAAGACUUCGCCGUAGAGCUAGGUGAUAUCGACGACCCGAACCUAACUCGACAAAGAGGAAAUACGACGAAACAGGGCAGGGUACCCUCUUGCACCAGAGAAGGUUCUUGCACAAGAUAAAGAUUCCUUAUCAAUUCCGCUCGGAAGGCACCAUCCAUCGACGACAUCCUUCACAUACGGUCCCACGGGAGAAGUCGCGGCAAUUCACGUCGUCGCUACUAACGGCGCGGAUAUCGCGUAUAUUACUUGCAAAGGGACCCAGGCUUCGACAUGGCAGAGGCUUCCAAACCUACAAUCCUAGCCUUCCACGGCUCUGGCAGCAAUACCACGAUCCACACCGUCCAACUAGCCCGGCUGAACCGCCUUCUAAAACCGCACUUUAAUAUCGAAGUACUCGAAGCACCCUUCCCCUCCGCCGCCGGACCCGGCAUCCUGCCCUUCUUCGAAGGCUGCGGGCCCUUCAAGCGCUGGAUCCCGCCGGCGGAAAAACUCAGCAUCUCGGGCAUGAAAGCAGGCGAAGCGUCGCCGCACAUGCCGGCGGCCGUCGAAGAGCUAAUCGCCUCCACCGUGCCCAGCAUCACCCGCGCUCAGGGCGGCAAGGGGAAGGUCGUUGGGCUGAUUGGCUUCAGCCAGGGGACGCGCGUGGUCGCGGGGCUGCUCAAGGGCGCGGAGAUCUGUCGAGCGCUGGAAGCUGCUGGGGAGGACGUCUCGCAGAUCGGAUGGCUGGGUUUUGAGUUCGCUGUGUCGGUGUGCGGAUCGUAUCCGCCGGCUUUGAUUCCGCCGGCUGUGUCUGCUGCUUUGGCGUCCUCAUCGCUAUCUGGGGAGCAGCAGAAAGAGUUGGUAGAGAGCAGGGUUAGCAUUCCGACGCUACAUAUCCAGGGCAGGGAAGACGAGUGGGCGUGGGCAGGGAAGCUGUUAAUUGAGGGUGUGUAUGAGGAAGGGGAAGGGAAGAGCGAGGUAAGAGAGUUGGCCAUGGGGCAUCAUUAUCCGGUGUUGCAGGAGGAUAGUGAGGGGAUUAGGGAGUGGGUCUUAGACACGUAUCGGAGGACUGCGGAGAGAGAGAAGCGGUAGAACCUAGAGGACCUGAUUGCAAAACGGACGGAAGAACGUGAAUGAGCAGUACAAGAGCACAAGGAGUUAAAGUUAUAAAUCGAGCUCUGUUAGCUAUUGCUACAAGCUGAACGGUGCUCCGGAUCCGCCAACCAUGUUACGCUUCCUACUGUCCAGCGCUUAAACACUACGAAACAACAAGCACAGAAUACAUAACAAGGGUAUCGUAGUCGCCUCAUCCCAUCAUCGUCAACCUCUUGUUGCCACCUUGCUCACGUCCUCUGGUCUCGU